AUGGCGGAGAUUGUGUAUGAUAUGUGAGAAAUAGACGGAAGUUUUUUUCUUAUAUACGACUCAAUCGUAAGAGUCUCUAUGGUCCUUUGAAAUAAUUAUGUUCUAUACAAAAUUCUUGUGUGUAUGAUUCAGUGCCGAAAUAUUUUAUAUAGUAUGCGAUGGUUAGUGAGAAAAAUCUAUAAUUUUGCAACAAAAUACUAGAAGUUAUGCAAAUGUUUCCAAAAAUGGCAACUAAGACUGAUAAUUCGAAACCUAUUGACAAGCAAAAUGAAGAAAACAAUAUGGAUAAAGAAAUAUUGACACUUGGUGGUCCAGAAAAUACUGGUCGUUGUGUUCCACCGAAUUAUUUAUACAGUACAGGAUCGGAACAGGGACCAGGUGGUUUGGAUCAUGAACUUAGAAAUCGGGCUCGUAAUAAUGCAACUGAAGAUCAAUUAGGACCUCUUCCGUCUAAUUGGGAAAAGGCUUAUACAGAUUCUGGAGAAAUUUAUUUUAUAGAUCAUAAUACAGGAACUUCUCACUGGCUUGAUCCACGUUUAUCGAAAUUUCAAAAACAAUCUCUCGAAGAGUGCCUUGAUGAUGAACUGCCUUAUGGUUGGGAAAAAAUUGACGAUACACUAUAUGGUACUUAUUUUAUUGAUCAUGUAAAUCGUCGAACUCAAUAUGAAAAUCCAGUGUUGCAAGCAAAACGUGCUCAACAAAAUUUAUCAGAAAGAAAAAGUCCAAAUUUCACACGUAAUCCGGAGAAAUUAAAAGGACAAAAAAUUCGUACAUCACUUAUUAAAAGUUCACGUGGCCUUGGUUUUACAAUUGUUGGUGGCGAUGAUUCUGUGGAGGAAUUUUUACAAAUAAAAAGCGUUGUACCAAAUGGACCCGCAUGGCUUGAUGGAAAAUUACAAACUGGUGAUGUACUGGUGUAUGUUAAUGACACUUGUGUAUUAGGAUUUACACACAAUGAAAUGGUGAAUGUAUUUAAAUCAAUUAGCACUGGAGACACAGUUUCAUUGGAAGUUUGCCGAGGAUAUCCUUUGCCCUUUGAUCCUAAUGAUCCUAACACAGAAGUUGUUACUACCAUCGCUGUAAAUGCACCAGCAGAUCUUUCAAGUGAAGAUCCUGGAAUGUACAUGGACCUAGAUCCAGGAAUGCAAUCAGUAGGUCGUUUUAAUUUCAUGGACACUUCAUUUCUUCCCGUGAACAAUAUGCAAAAUGGUGAAAAUUUAGCAACAACUUCAGUAAAUUCAAUGCCUGAUCUUUGUAUUUCCGAUAAAAUUAAUACAAUUAAACGACCAAGUAGCACGGAUAUUCUUUUAUCCGAAACUGGAGAUUUAAGCGAUCGUAAAGAAUCUCCAUUGCCAUCAAAACCAGAAUUUCUCACCAUUCCGGUAGUUAAAGGUGUGAUGGGUUUUGGAUUUACAAUAGCCGAUUCAGCACAGGGUCAAAAAGUGAAAAAAAUUUUAGAUGGACUUCGUUGUAAACGAUUAAUGGAGGGCGAUAUUCUUGUUAAUAUAAAUGAUAUUAAUGUGAGAAAUAUGUGCCAUUCAGAGGUGGUUAAUGUUCUAAAAGAUUGUCCACGUAAUCAAGAAGCAUUAAUUUACGUUCAACGAAUAUUAUCAACAAAAUCAAAGGAGAAAAAAGAAAAAAAUCCACACGAUUUUUUUAGAAGUAAAACACCAACUGCCGAUAUUUAUAGUACACAAACGAAAACAGUAAUACCAACACGGCCAAAAACACCAUUAAUUGAUACAAGAACACAUCUUAAAUCACCCGACGAUAUGAGAAGAGAAAAUUGGAAUGAACUGCCAAAUGAAAAUGAUAUGAAUCCACUUGAUAAUAGAUUUAAAUAUUCAGAUUAUAAUCAUGGCGUUUAUUAUACAGAUCCAUAUAAAUCGAAUAUAAGUAGUUUGGCUGAUAAUUUUACAACAAUGACUAAUUUGGAUGAUGAGAGAAAUGCAAUGAAACGAGAAUGGGUAGCAGCUAAUAAAUUUAAUAUAAGCAAUGAAGUUUAUUCCGUUAAUUCGCCACACGUUGAAAAUAUUAAACAAAAUGGUGGUGAUUAUUACAAGGAUCUCUAUGCUGUUCAAACACAUUCCCAAUAUAGUGAACAGGAUUUUAAUUCAUAUGCAAUUGGACAAGAACAAAAUGUCGAUACUGGGGAAAUUUGGGAUAAGAGAAAAGAGACUACAAGUUUUGAACACGAACAACCACAUUCCAGUUCUAUACCACGGUAUCCACAAUAUAAUAGUGAUGUGGUGUGUCCGACAAUACCAGAUAUUGAAUGGAUUGAGACACUAGUGACUUUAGUUAGACAAGACACUGGCUUUGGAUUUAGAAUAGUUGGAGGUACUGAAGAAGGAUCUCAGCAGGUUUCCGUUGGUCACAUUGUACCGGGAGGUGCAGCUGAUUUAGACAAUCGACUAAACACCGGUGAUUUAAUAAUGUCUGUCGAUGGUGAAAGUGUGAUGAAUUCAUCACAUCGUCACGUAGUUCAAUUAAUGAUAGCCGCUGCACAAAAUGGUGUUGUCACAUUGGGUAUACGGCGACGUAUCAAUAUUCAAGAACAUUUACGUGAUAAUUUACAAUCAUCAUAUGGAGGACAAAUGAAUCAGCAAUAUCCUUACGAUGUCACUGUGAAUAGAAUGGAAAAUGAAGGUUUUGGUUUUGUGAUAAUUUCAUCAGUCAAUAAAGCUGGUUCAACAAUUGGUAGAAUUAUUGAAGGUUCACCAGCUGAAAGAUGUGGAAGAUUAAAUAUUGGCGAUCAUAUACUUGCCGUUAAUCAUGUUGAUAUUACCAAUGUCUGUCAUAAGGAUAUUGUCAAUUUAAUUAAAGAUUCGGGAUAUUCAGUAACAUUGACUAUUGGUUAUCCAUUGGAUGAUUGUUGCGUUAGUCCAUCUCCUCUUAAGGAUGAAUCUGCAGCUGAUGGAGAUGGAGGACAAUAUCAUGCCGUCGAAUUAACUAGAGGAACACGAGGUUUUGGUUUUAGUAUUCGUGGAGGACGCGAAUUUCAAAAUAUGCCAUUAUUUGUUUUACAAAUCGCAGAGAAUGGUCCAGCAUCUGUAGACAACAGACUCAGAGUUGGCGAUCAAAUUAUUGAAAUCAAUGGCAUCAAUACUAAAAAUAUGACGCACACUGAAGCAAUUGAAAUUAUACGAAAUGGUGGUCCAUCUGUUCGUCUAUUGGUUCGUCGUGGUUGUCAAAUGCCUUCCGUGGUGGGUGCUUCUUCUCAUCUUUACGAUAUGAAUAUUUGAAGGUAAAAUAAUAUUUUUUUUUUGAAAUUAUAAUCACACCAUCGUUAAAUUCUUUUACUACUUAAAGAAUAAUAAAUCCUCGAUAAAAUCUUGGUGCUGAGGAAUAUAUAUAUAUAUAUAUUUUAAAAAUAACACGUUUUCCAUAAAAAUAAUAUUAAUAAUUACAAUAUUAAUCAAUAUUUUUAAUUAUUAUUCUUAUUGAAAAAUAACUUAUUUAAUAACUUGUUAUUUUAACCAUAUUAUAAUAAUGUUAAAUCAAUAUAGGUAAAAAUUUGUUAUCGAUCAAAAUGCAAAUCUCAUUGUCAUUAAAAUUAAAUAUAGAGUAGAUAAAAGCGAAGAGAAAAAAAAAUCACAAUACUUUUUCUAUAAAGUAAUAAUAAUUUAUUGUACAUUGAAGUUUGUUUACAAAAAAUAUUUCUUACGGUAUCAAAUUUGAUAUUUAUAAAGAAAGAAAAAGUUUUUCUUUUCGCUGCGUAGUCUACUCUAUCUAAUAUGAUAGCGUAAAAUUUUGCGACAUAUUUGCGAUAAGCGAAUAUUAUUUAUAAUUAAUAAUCUGCGCAGUAAUUUUCUAUAUCUAUAUGUGAAAGAAAUUUUUAAUAAUCUAUCCUAGUGAGUUGGUAAUAAUUUGUGAGAAAAUAAAAAUAUCAAGAACAUCGCAAAUUUGUCGCAAUAUUUUUGCUAUUCUGAUUGGUAUUAAAAUAUCGUUCAAUUAAAAAACGAUUUUUUAAAAAAAAUGGUAUUGCUCAAAGGUCUGAAAUACUAAUAAAAAUAAGUAGGUAAUUCAACUUUUAUAAUUUUAUACAGAUUUUUAAAUCACAUCAGCUUUUAAAAAACUUCUUUUUCAAUAUUUAUAAUAGGCACAAUUUUUAUCAGCCAACUAUUUAAUAAUCUUAUAUACAUUUUUAAAUAUUUAAUUCCAUAAAUAACCAAAUAUAGACAAUAAAAAUAAUCGUCUGAUGAAAAAAAAAAAAAAAAAUUAUUAGCUAAUUGAACGUAUUUUGAAAUUUAAUGUCUUUCAACGUAUAUAUAAUAAUUUAAAAAUAAUUUUAAAUUAGAUGACACUUUCUUUACGCUUGCUUUGACAAUGCUUAUAUAGAUUAUAAUGUUUUUAAUUCAUCAAUUUGGUGAGCUUUGUAUAUUAUUUACCGUAACAGUCAAAUUAACCUUUUUUUGAACAAAAAAAAAAAAAAAUGUGAUAGAGAAACAGGCAAAUAAUACAAAACAUAGUGCCUUGCACGUGUUCAAUAUUUUUUAAGAGAAAAAAAAUGCAUUUUUGAGGCUGUAAGAACAAUUUUUGAAUUUUUUAUAUUUUAAAAUUUUUUGUCUGUGGUACAAAGCUGAACCAUUCCAUGAAUGAUUUUAAUACUCAUGUGAGAAUAAUAAUUUCUCAAUUUUUUUUUUAUUUUUGAUUUGCAUUACUUUUAAGUUAUAUACUUAUUUUUUUUUAUUAAUAUGAGAUAAUGCGUUAAAUAAUUAUUUUCAUUGAAAUUCGAAGCCGUUCAAGUAUUAUAUAUAACUCGCUUUUUAGGGAAAAGGGGACAUAAUAAUAAUAAUGGAACAUUUUUUUUUUUUAAAUGCACGACGUGUUCCAUAUGUCAGUGUUACGAAUAUUAAAAUGUCACUUAAAAGGGGAUCAAUUUUUUAUUAUUAUAAUAUAGUAAGUAACGCAAUGCUUGAAUGUCUUCUUAUUGAUUUAAUAAAAAUAAUAAUAUUAAUAAAAAUAGAUAAUAAUACAAAUAACAAUAAUAAUAAACUAAAUAUAAGAAUAACAAUAAUACACGUUCUCCAAAGCAAAUUAUACGUAUAAAUAUUCGAUAUAGAAUUCUCAUUUUUUAAUAAUUAACAUUUUUUUUAGAAAUAAGACUAAGAUUUUAAAUUAGUUAAACCUUUUUCCGAUAUUUAUUUUAAAUCAACGAAUUAGUUUUUUUUUAAUCUUUAGAGAUAUAGAAAAAUUUUUUAUCAGAAAACUCAUUGACUAUAUAAAUUUUAAUUUUUUUUUUUAUUUACAAAAUUUAUUUAAGAAAAAAAAGUUCUCAAAAAGGUGUUACUUUCUUCCAAUAUAAAAAAGGUAUUCCUAAUUUAAAAUCCAAAUUAGAAGCAUACUUAAAAUAAAAAAAAGUAAAUUGCAUAUUUAAAUAAUAGUUCAAGUCAAGUUAAAAAAAAAAUAAUACUAAAGUACUUUUCAUAAUGUAUAUUUUAGUGUAUUAUUAUAAUAUAGUUAUCAUUUAUUUUUUAUAAGGUGAAAUGUAUUAUUUUUUUCCUCUAGAUUUAUUAAUUAAAAUCUUGUUAAAACGCUCAUAAACGCAUUCUCGUUGAAUCGUUUAGUAAAUAUAUAAUAUAAAAAUCAAGCUCAAUUUCGUCGCUUUUCUCAUUAAUCAAUUUCACUAGAGUUUACUCUAGUAAAACAUCUUUUUCUCACUAUUAAUUAUAGAGAUUAAUUAGAGCUGUGCAAAAGUUCGAAUUUUGUAUGGGCUCUGAUCGAAUAUUCGAUUCGAGCCCAUGUUAAUUCUUAUGGAGCGGUUCGAAUUUUAAAAACUUGCACAGCUCUAAGAUUAAUAGUAAAUUUUGUAUAAACAUAAAUAAUUGGAUAGUUUUUAUUUUUAACACAAAUAAAACAAAAAUCAAAACAAAAGUCAAAUAAUUAAAUACAUAAUUUAAAACUACUUUUAAUUAUUUUAAGCUUCAAUAUAGAAUAUUAUAAAAUUUGGAUUAUUUUUUUUUGUAUUCAUAUAAAAAGCCUAUUUCUUUUUUAUACUAAAAAAAAAUAUUGAAUCUUAUUCCGUUUUUGUUGUUCAUUUACAGAGUAAAAAAAAUGUAUUGUAAUUAUUAUUAUGUAGAUGCUUAAAUUAAGUGCUGUAACGACCAAAGAUGUGCCCUUCAGCAGCUUAAUAUAAAUAUGUAAUUAUAAAUUUUUGAGACUUAAAUAGCUUAACAACGCAAAUAAAAAAUUGCUUUACUUAUACUUUAAAACGAGAAGAGUGACUCAAAGAGCUUUUUUUUUUUAGCAAUAUAAGCUCGUACUCCUAAUAAUUGUACGAUCACGUGUGAUAAUUAAUAAAAAAAAAAAAAAAAAAAAA